GAUAAAUGUGCUUAAGAAUGUUAUAGUGACUUGUAUAUAGGUGUGAUAAAAUAAUAGUACUUUGCAAACUAAUAAUACUUUGCAAACAAACAUUAUUUUCGCAUAUGAAUUUUAACGCUUGAGUGAAUCAUGAAGUUACGCAAGAUGUCACCUUGUAGGACAACAUUUUACCUGAUUUUGCUGUCGGCAUUCUGCGUCAAAGCUGAAAUACCAGCUCUAGGUGCUGAUGAAAACUUCCCACGUGCUGAUCCCAAAUUUAGUGCGCCUAUUGCAAACGUUACCGUUCCUGUUGGAAGAGAAGCAAUUUUAACAUGUGUUGUUCAGGAUCUCUCUUCGUUCAAAAAUUUGUUUAAAGAUUCCUACUAAGAAAAUAUGGAAACUCAGACAGAUGUUUUCAAUAAGCAGAAAAGACAAUAUUGUGAUGAGGAAAGUGUUGAGCAACUAUGUUCUCCAAAAAGGUUUAAGCAAGAUGAUGAAAUGCAGCAUAGUCAGCAAGAUAAUAUUUCUCAAAUAGAUGAGAAUACUGAGAAUUCUUCGUUACCGAUGAGAGCUGAUGAGGGACAAUAUGCUAAAACAAAAAAAGGAAAAAAACUUUCUAAAAAAGAAAAAGAGAACGAAGAUUUGAAUAUACAAAAGAGCAAAAGAGAACAGUCUUAUCGCGCAUUGAAGUAUCUUCUUAAUAAAAGUAGUGUGUAUUCCAAAUAUAUAGAGGAGAGAAUGAGUAACAACAUGCAAAAUGUUAAAACCAAAAAUCAUUCAGCUACACAGCCUGACAUUGAUUUAGCUCAGAUAAGAAAUUCCUCCAAUGAACAGGCAAGAGCAAUGAAUAUAUCAUUGCUUGAGAAUGGUAAAUUAAGAGAUUACCAGCUGGAAGGAGUUGAAUGGUUAAAGGUUCUUUACGAAAAUGGAGUGAACGGAAUUCUUGCAGAUGAAAUGGGUCUUGGCAAAACAAUUCAAACUAUUGCUUUUAUCUGUCAUUUAUAUAAUGAGGGUGUCCGGGGGCCUUUUCUCAUAUGUGCUCCUUUAUCUACCUUACCCAAUUGGUCUUCAGAAUUUAAGAGGUUUGCUCCAAAACUUCCAGUUGUUCUCUUCCAUGGUGACAAGGAAACAAGGAAAAGUUUAGUCUCCUCUAUUUUAAAGAAAAAAUACAUUGUGGGUGAUAAAACACAGUGCCGUCCUGUAGUUUUGACUAGUUAUCAAACACCGUUGACCGAGCAAGCGAUCAUGUCAGUGCCCACAUGGUCGUAUAUUAUAAUUGACGAAGGCCAUAGAUUAAAAAGUCAUAAAACUCAACUAUAUAGAGUUUUGCAAUCAUUCAAGUCAAUGAAUCGCUUACUCUUAACUGGUACUCCUUUGCAAAACAAUUUAAGGGAAUUAUGGUCAUUACUACAUUUCCUCUUGCCUGAAAUUUUCACUGAUUUUGAAAUUUUUGAAGCAUGGCUUGACGUAGAUGAUCUGAAGAAUGAUGCUGAUAAGUUUAUUAAGAAGGAGCAGGAAACUCGUGCUUUGUCUAUGAUGCAUGAUAUUCUGAAACCUUUUGUGUUGCGCCGUUUAAAAACUGAUGUCGCUCUAAGCCUUCCUCCCAAGAAAGAACUGAUAGUAUAUUGCCCCCUCUCUGUCAAGCAAAGAGAUUUAUACAAAUAUGUUGUAGAUAGAAAUAUUGAAGAAUUAGCGAAUCCAGGCAAAAAAGAAUUUGAAAUUUUGCCAGAGAAGCGGCCUACUAAGGCUAGAACCUCAAACUUUUUUAAGGAAUGUGAAUCAGACGAUGAAUUCGAUUUUUACGAGGAUGUAUUAAAUCUUCCUAGCAGUUUCACGGAUAUUCCAAAAAAAGUAAUACGUGAACUAGUCAGAAUUACUAUGCAAAAUACUGCAAUGAUGUUUCGCAAAAUUGUGAAUCAUCCAUAUCUGGUUCAUUUUCCUUUGGAAAAGGAAUGCAUACAAGGUGAAACGCCGGUUCUUCGUAUUGAUGAAGAACUUGUAACUCAGUCCGGUAAAAUGAUGAUGCUUGACGCGUUGAGUAGUCGACUUAUUGCUGGAGGGCACAAAAUACUUAUAUUUAGUACUCUGACUAUGAUGCUCGACAUUAUUGAAGAAUUCGUUAUAAUGAGAGGCUACGACUACCGGCGACUAGACGGCGGUAAAAGCUUUGAACAACGAAGUGAAGCUAUACAAGAAUUUAAUACUGAUCCUGAAGUAAAGAUAUUUUUAUUAUCCACGAGGGCUGGAGGUCAAGGUUUAAAUUUAACUGCAGCUGAUACUGUGAUCUUGUAUGACAGUGACUGGAAUCCUCAAGUAGACAUCCAAGCUCAGGACCGGUGCCAUAGAAUUGGACAAACAAAGCCUGUGAUAAUAUAUCAAUUUGUAACUAGAGGUACUAUUGAUGAAGUCAUCAUUUCAGUUGGGGAGAAAAAACGAAAACUGGAGAAACUUAUAAUACAAACAGAUAAGUUCAAAUUAGUUGGUAAGAAAUUACAAAUAACAGAAAAGGCUGAAUUAGAGAAUUUGAAAAAACUUCUCACUGAAGAUGAAAAAGUAGUUGUUACUUCUGGUGAAAGUGUAAUUAGUAGCGAAGAACUGGAUAAACUAUUAGAUCGCUCAGAUCUGCUACUCAACAUAAAUAAUAAUAAGAAAUAAUAUAUUUCGCACUGUCAUUAGGAUUGGUUUAUAUUUAUUUAUCAUUUAUUAUUCUUAUAGGAGUUUACCAAAUAAGUUGAGUUUUAGGUAGUUCUACAAUGUAAAAAAAUAUCAUAUGACGUUGAUCUUCAUAUUGAUAUAUCAUAUUUAUAUGUAAUGUCUACCUCAAAUCACUACAUGUUUUUUAAAUAAUUUUUUACAUAACGACUAUUUUUAAUCGUUCGAAUCGAAAAUCAAAGAUAUCAGUAGAUAAUAAUAUAGGUACAUUUUUAAAUGUUAAUAUUCAUAUUUUUUGGUAUCUGAACAGAACAGUCAGAACAAUGUGUUAUAUGAGCUGUUGAGCUGUAAUUCUUGAAUCCUUUUAUUAGAAGGUAAUUUGGUGAUGGACCAUACUCUCUUUGAUAAAAUUAUUAGUAGAUUUAAUAUCAAUAGUGAUAUUGUUGCAAUGCCUUCCCUAUAUUUUUAUUUCUCUUUGAGUUUUACGAGCAGAUCUAUAAUAAUGAUAUAUGAAAUUAAACAAAUUAUUUUCUACUAUUCAAAAUAAUUUCAUUCCAAACAGAACCAUGUACAACCUGGCCAUUUACAAACGUACCAAAUGAAAAAUCCUCACUAUUAUUUCCACUCGUAUGAAUUUCAUAUAUGUAUACUCAUUCAAAUAUCAUGAAGCAGAGGUUUUGUUUACAUAAUAGUUUGCUCAUAGAAGUAAUGCACAGUGUAUAGGCGCAUGUAACUGGGCAUUUGUACGUGACGUAAUCAAAUUAAUUCGCACGAAAUGCCGUUCACAUGUGUGUUUUGUUUGCCCAUAUGUGUUUACAUAAAACAUGUGCAAAUUCAAUGCGUUCGAACUUCGUUACUCGCUCGAAAUUCGGUCUAGGUACGUACAGUGUUAACUAGAACACAGGCAAUAUACUGCAUUUGUUUGGCAGAUUUUUUUAUGAUUUUUUGGUAAAACACAUUCGGCUUUUUCAUGACCAAAGGAAUGUAAUAAUACGAAUUCUAUUCACAAAACAGAAAAUAAAUGUUUAAUACCAUUUGGAAAAAAGAUAGUAGAUUACACCCUCCCAGAGUAUAGAAUGUUCUAAAAUCGACUAAUUUAGACAUUAUGACAAAUUUGUUAAUUUGACCUUCAUGUCAUUUUUAGUUUAGAAUCGCAUAGCACAUACAUAUCCUUUUGACAGUUUGUUAUUACCAAUUCAUACAAAGAUAGAUCCGUAACAUAGCAUUGCCAUAACAUUUCUACGUUAUCAGAGAGUUGGUCUCAUGUUUUUAAAUAAAAA